UAGUAUUGAACUUGAUUUCCAUGCUUCUUCAAUUAACUUUGACUGUUUUCAGAUGGGUGAUAUGAAAUGAGUAUCAGAUCUGGACCUUGCUUAAUUCUUCCAUAUUUUCCUGUACUAUUUUUGACCAGAGAUUUCCAUGAUUUUAUAAGAAGGGUUUUGAAAAUGUAUUUUUUUUUAGGUAAAAUAAAAUUGAGACCUCUGGCUUGCCAAGGGGAUGUCUCCUCUACAAAACACUUCAGACUCAGAUGGGCUGGAUAUGCUGGACAUUGAGGGUAUUUAUCCAUUGUACAACAGAGUGGAGCAGUACUUGGAAGAGUUUCCCAAUGAGAGGAAUAUGUUACAAAUUGAUGGACCAUAUAAUGAAUCAUUUUACGAGAAGCUACUGGAUCUCUCAACUGAAGAUGAUGGAACAGUAGGCUAUGCUUUGACAAAGGUAUCUGUUAAUAAGAGUCAAAGUUCUUUAUAACUAUGAACUCUUGUAUGGACAGGUUGUAUAUCUCAAAUUCUAGUUCUUCAAGUGAUCAUCUGUAAAAUCACACAAUGGGAUAUUCCUGUGGCUUCCAGUUGUAUGAAUCACAGAGACGACGAAGAUAAUUACUGUUGUAAUUUCUA